AUGGAUGCCCUUGGUAAAAUUGCAACAACAGGAGAGAGAGCAAUAUAAGAAUUGAAUAAAUAAUCUUUAACACAAUGGAAUGGGAGUACUAUGAGCACAAUGAAAUAUGUAUGGGAUUGAAUAUUUAGAAAAGAUAAUAGAACGGUUGAAUUUGUGCUUUGAUGAAAUAAAUUUUCAUUUAUAAAAGAAGGGUUUGAAUGAUGAAGCCAGUGUAAUAACAAAGUUAUGCAAUUAUUUUAAUGUUUUGUUCCAAAAAGUUGAAGAGAUAAAUCAAAGAAAGUAAUAGAAUCCUCCAGAGCUUCCUUUAGAAUAUUGUUAAAGAUCAUUUUCUACUAAUUUAAGUUCAAAAACAAUAUUUGGAGGAGCUGAAAUAUAAAGUUUUAGUAUAUUUUCUGCAUAAAAAUCUAAAUAUAUUACUGCAGAAUAAGAAUUUAGAAGUAAUAAGCCAAAAUUUAAGAAAAAUGUUUAAUCAAAAGGGACAGAUACUGGUGAAGAUGCUAUGCGUUAUUUAAAUGUAGAAUAUUUAGGUGAGAAAGAGAGAGAAUUAUAAAGAGCAAAAGAGGAAAAUGAAAUGAAUCUUAGAGAAGUAGAAAAGUUUCUUAAACUUAAAGGAUUAUGGAGUGAAAUACAUGCAAGCAAUGCUCCUUUUAAACUUUAAGAUCUAGGAAAAACAUUAGAAAGAGAAUUAUAAAGAAAUGAAAUGUUUAUUAAUGAAUAAAUUAGAAUAGCAAAUUAGGAACCUGAUUUUCCUCCUAGAGAUAUGAAAUAAGAGAUUAAAGAUAAAGUUGUUGUUGGUGUUUAAAAAUCAACUGCAGAUAGAAUAUUAAAAUAUGCUGAAAGAAAAAUGAGAGAAGAAUUUGAAAAAUUUCAAUUGAAAAAGAAUGGUGGAUUAUAAAUGCAUAAAAGAAAAUCAUAAAAUAUGUAAAGAAUAGAUGAGUUAGAACAUUUAAUUAAUACUAAGAAUGAAGAGAUAUUAGAAAAAGAAUCAAAAAUGUCUGCUCUAUUUUCUAAAUUUGAAGAGUAAGAGAAAAAAUUAGUAAAUUUAAUGAUUUAAAUGGAAUAAAUUAAAGCUAAUGAAAAACAUAAUAAUACUUUUACUAGUAGUUAAGCAAAUGAAAAAUAAAGUCAUUUUGAAGUUUAAGUAUGUAUGAGUGAUCCAAAAAUCUUUAAAUUAGAAUUGCAAUUAAAAGAAAUUGUUGAAGAAAAUCAGAAUAUGAAAGCAGAAUUAUAAACUAUUUAUGAAUAAGCAAAAAACGAUAAAUAGAAAGUUCUAUUGUAGCCUUAAUUAAUUGAAGAAGUACUAAUGAUGAUUAUUUAAAGUGAGUUGUAAGCAGAAGGUAAAAUAGAAUUAUUAUAAACCUUUUUGUAAUAUCUUAUUGAAAAUUCAGAAAAUGAUAUUGCUAAAAUGCCUCCAAAUGAAUUAUAUAGAACUGUAAGAUAAAAAAUGCAAUAUAAUACUAAUUCAAAUAGAAAUUUAGAGGAAGUUUUAGAGAAAUUUGAAGAAAUGUAAAGUGAUGAUGAAGAAUUCUCUCCAAGUUCAAUUAAAAAAGCUAAAAAAAAUAAAAAUAAAUAAUAGAAAUCUAAAAAAAUAAUUUUAGAAAGAGCUGAUUCAUAAAUUGAUUAAUCAUAAUCACCUGAAAAAUCAGAGAAAUUUAUUGGACUUAAAAAAACUAAAAAUAAAUUUGAAGAUUAAUUGAAUGAAAAUUCAGAAUCUUAAAUUUUAGUAAAUAGUAAUAAUAAUAAUAAUGAUAGUAAUUAUUCAAUUAGUAUGUUUAAAAAAAAACCUCUCAAUAAGAUUAAUGAAGAAAAUAGCAUGAUCUAAAAAAAUUCACCAAGAAAAUAAGAAGUCAUUAGUCCAUAAUCUGGUAAUAGAAAUGUAUAAAAUAAUACCUCUACAUUUAAAUAAAGUUAAUCUGAUAAUAAAGUAAAUAAAAACAUAAUAAAUUAAUCUUUUAUAUAGAACUAGUCUUAAUAGUAAUAAUAAUAAAAUAAUUAAUAAUAAUAAUAAUAAUAAUUUCAAUUAUAAUAACCUAAAGAGUCUAGUAGAUUCAAAACAGAAUAAUAAAAAUAAAUAUCAUCAGGAAGACAAUAAGCAAAUAGAAGUAGAGGAUAAAUAGAUUAAAGUAAUUAAAAAUCUAUAAUUUAAUCUUAAUAAACACCUCAAAAUAUAAAUAAGUAAUAAAGACAAAUAAAGUAAAGACAUUCAAUAAAGGAUGAAUAUGGUGAAGUAGAUUAUGAUGAAAUUGACUAGGAUGUAGCAAAUCGAGGAGUUCAAGUGAAUUUUGGAAAUUUGUAUAUAAAAGCAUCUAUGAUAAAUUCUUAAGAUGAGAAUUCAAAUAUGAUGGGUUCUUAGAUAGGGUUUCAAACUCCUUUAAUGAGAUAAAGUUAUAGAUAGUUGGAAGAGAAGGUGACUGCAAAAUUUACUUAAACAGAUGAUUUUUUUAUGUGGAAUUUAUUUUAAAAGAUGCAAGUUGAUCUUGGAUUAACAGAAGAAUAAAUAAAACGAUUAGAAUAAAUAUUUUUAAAUGAAUAAUAAUUUAUACAUUAUUAUGAGAAGACUCCAUCUUAGAGAUAAAAAUCAAGAGCAUCAACAGUUUUGGUUGAUUAGACAACAAAAGUUAAAUAAGAGAAAUAUAUAGAAAAUACAAUUAAUGAUAGUAAGAUGACUACUAUGGUUUAAUAGAAAAAUGAGACAACAGAUUCAGAAUAAUAAAUAAGAAGACCAACAAUAUCUAUAAUGAAAACAACUCAACCCCCAAAAGGAUUAGAAUCCCCAAUGAAUUAAGUUGGAAGAUAAAAAAGUUAGGUUUUGCUUUCUUAUACAAAUGAAAGCAGUAUAAUUUAACCUAAUUAAGGUAGAAGUGUAAGUUAAACAUCAGAUGUACAUAUUGUAAAUUAUGGUAGUGUUAGUACAGAUUCUAUUGCUAAAAAAUAGAGAUAAACAACAAGUUAGAAAAUCUUAGAAGAUAUGCUUAAAAAUAAGACUGGUUUAACAUCACCAUUUGAUGUAGAAACAAAAGAAUAGAAGGAAUAAAAAAUGUAUUUUCAUGUUUUUGGAGAUGAAUUAUAGACUGAUGCAGAUUUUGAAUUAGAAGCUGUUAGAAUUAAUUUAGGAAAACCUUUAGAAGUUAUUUAAGAUCAUUUAAAAGAAGAUGCUAUGAAAAAGAUAUAUUAAUAAUUUAUUAAUCGACCUAAGAAUCCUUGGUAAGAUUAGCUAUAUAUGAUUAUAUCUUAGUUUGCUAAUAAACCUCCAUAAGCAAUAACUUAUAUAGAUUUCAAAAAGUAUUAUGAAAAUUAUAUGAGAGUAUAAAUUGAUAUCAAAUUUGUAGGUACAUAAGAGAUGUGGUGAUGGAUGUAUUCACAUAUAAAGAUUUUUAGCCAGGAUUGGAUUUGGGAUAAAUUCAAAGAGAAAACAAUUAAAUAUGAGCAAAUAAAGUGUUUCUCCUUUUGAACUGCCUAAACUAAAAUGAAAUUUUUGAUAUGAAC